ACCAGAUGGAUGGAUGGGUGACUGGAGUUUCCCUUGCGGUCUGAAGAUUAAUGGAAGAGGUCUGUUGAUCCGGAGAAUCGACUAUCAGGUGGUCGGUCGCAGGAUUUUGUUGUUGCACUUCACGGCUUGUCAAGGGACGAAUGGAAACAUAUCAGUGAAAAUAACCGACUGUUGGAAAAAAACGGGUUAACCAGAAACAAAUUCUGUCAAUCCAAGGCCCGAGACAGCACCUGGUUCGUUAAGGCCAGGAUCUGACUGCAAGGAACGCUAAAUGCUAAUGUCAGCUUGCUAGUAAAAAAAAAAACACAUAAAAACACAUUUCGACGAUUUGCAUCGGAACCGGAUAUUGGAGAAGACCGAACCGCCAGUGGAAUAAAGGAGAAGCAGAUUGACAACUGCAGGAUUCGUCGGCGCUCUGUUGGAAUUCUUUGAGCUAACGUCAGUAAGCUGAUAUCUGCUUGCUAUCUUCGCGAGCUAACGCGCGAGCUUAGCUAACCAGCAGUCAGUUUUAGCUCCAGGAUUGGCGACGGUCUUCUGACUGGAGUUUUUUUUUUUUUUCCGUACUCACAACUGAACGAAGAAACGCGAAAAGAAUAAUUUUCCACUGCAUUCGUUUUUAAUAAUGCUAACCACCAGCUAGUAUAGCUAGCUGACAGCUUCGUCGAGUUCAACGACUUCCUUAGUGGAUUACUAGAACCAAGCGACUUUUCAGAGAGAGUCAAUCGGACCGAGAGGCACCACUAUCAGGCUGCAAUCAUGGGCAACACGCCCACCGCGAAGAAAGGCAAUGAAAUGGAAAGUGUGAAGGAGUUUCUUGCCAAAGCCAAAGAAGAUUUCCUGAAAAAAUGGGAAAAUCCAGCACAGCAAACGGCAGCGUUGGAUCACUUCGAGCGUUUGAAGACCUUAGGCACUGGCUCAUUCGGCCGCGUCAUGUUGGUUAAACACAAAGAGACAGGCCAGCAUUUUGCCAUGAAGAUACUUGACAAACAAAAGGUAGUGAAACUGAAGCAGAUAGAACACACGCUGAACGAGAAACGUAUCCUGCAAGCUGUCAAUUUUCCUUUUCUGGUGCGACUGGAACAUUCGUUUAAGGAUAACAGUAAUCUGUAUAUGGUGAUGGAGUAUGUCCCAGGAGGGGAAAUGUUCUCACAUUUAAGGAGGAUCGGUAGAUUUAGUGAACCACACGCCCGCUUCUACGCAGCUCAGAUUGUACUGACCUUUGAAUACCUUCACUCCUUGGAUCUCAUUUACCGAGAUCUGAAGCCAGAGAACCUCCUGAUCGAUCAGCAGGGUUACAUACAGGUAACAGAUUUUGGAUUUGCAAAAAGAGUGAAAGGCCGAACCUGGACGCUUUGUGGGACUCCAGAGUAUCUGGCACCAGAGAUCAUCCUCAGUAAAGGUUACAAUAAGGCAGUGGACUGGUGGGCUCUGGGGGUUCUGAUAUACGAAAUGGCUGCAGGUUAUCCUCCCUUCUUUGCAGACCAGCCUAUUCAGAUUUAUGAAAAGAUUGUAUCGGGGAAGGUUCGUUUCCCAUCCCACUUCAGCUCAGACCUGAAGGAUAUGUUGAGAAAUUUGCUGCAGGUGGAUCUGACCAAGCGCUUCGGCAACCUCAGGAAUGGGGUCAACGAUAUCAAGGGUCACAAGUGGUUUGCCACCACAGACUGGAUUGCCAUCUACCAGAGAAAGGUGGAAGCUCCUUUUAUCCCCAAGUGCAAAGGCCCCGGCGACACAAGCAACUUCGACGACUAUGAAGAAGAGGAGAUCAGAGUUUCCAUCACAGAGAAAUGCGCAAAGGAAUUUGCAGAGUUUUAGAUUCCAACCAGGGGUAGCAGAGCGAGGGACAGAGAUUUAGAAAGUAAGGAUCUGAAUACAGGAAAGGAAAGGCUAGGUUGGACUGACAACUUGUUCAUUUAUAAUGAGGAAAACCAUGUAAAAUCGCCCUCUACCCCCCACCCCUCCUCCCCCAAAUUGGUAAGA